ACUUUUUUUCCAAAGCAACUCGCUUGAUUUCUUUCUUUUUACUUUCGUUUUAGCCACUUUUCAGGUAAACCCAUGAGAAAAGGAAAGUUUUUGAUCGUCAACGAAUCAAUCGAAGAGUGCGUCGACCGCAAACUACAAGUCUCGACGGAAAACUGUGAUGUUUUCCCAGCUCUUGUUUAUAUUCCAAAAUUCACCAAAAAAAUGGAGAAAGGAAUGUUUUGCGUACUGACUAUUAUGGCACAAAUUUUAAUUUACGGUGUCAUGGGAUACUUUUUCAAAGUUGGAUACCUUGGUUUGAUCGUUAUUGAAGUCGCGUUCCUGUCGGUGUACGGAAAAGAACAUGUCUGGUUGCUUCGUGUACAGAUGAUUUAUCUUGUAUUCCAACUUGUUUUCUCGACUCUGAUCACUUUCAUCGCAUUCCUACCGGAUGCAUCUGGAACCCGCCAAGACUUUUCGUUGAUCAUCCCAUCGCUCGACAGAGGAACGAUGGCACUGUUUGGCUUAACCUUCGGGUUAUUCACUUGCCUUCGUGUCAUAUUGGUUGCCAGCUAUCACACUCACCUCUUCUAUUUUAAUCUUCGUGACAAGUUCAAGGAUGGUAAAGUUAUUCUGCAACCUGCUUAAGUUUUGAAACUCAUUGUUUUUGUUGAUGCUGUUACCUGUUGUGUUGUUAUAAUUUCCACCGUUAAUAAAAUUGUAUCAAACGUUU